AUGGAGUCAUCCGAGAUUCGACAGCGUAACCAAAUCAAGAAUACCAACGAGCUUCAACGAGUCUACACAAAGCUGCCCUCAGAGCCUCGUCUCAAGCAUGGCAUUCCCAUGCAGGUCCUGCGGUCCCUGCUGCUCGCAACGUGGUUUAAUUGUUGUUGUGUUGCCAUCUGUGUGACACAGUUGAUCGGGUCUCCGCUAUAUUUUGUCAACAAAAGUUGGUAUUACUCAUAUAUGGCAUACACAAAACAAUGCUUUGGGCUGGUGAUCACGGCUGCUACCCAUUGGGCUUCUCCGACCCUUCUCCGAGUCAGUGGUGAUGAAAGUGUUCGCGGUCAAAUCCAUCUCUCAAAAGAUGGAUUGUUGGAGACAUGUUUUCCAGAACGGCUAGUGAUGAUCUCGAACCACCAGGUCUACACCGACUGGAUCUACCUUUGGUGGGUUGCAUAUACCAACACGAUGCACGGCCGCAUCUUUAUCAUCCUAAAGGAGUCACUCAAGUAUCUUCCCAUUGUGGGUACGGGCAUGAUGUUCUAUGGUUUCAUCUUCAUGGCUCGCAAGUGGCAGUCUGACAGGCCAAGGCUUCAGCACCGGUUGGAGAAGCUGAAGACACGACUCACUGGAUCUAAUUCAGCCCGCCCACAAUUUGAUCCAAUGUGGCUGCUUAUCUUUCCCGAGGGAACAAAUUUGUCUACCAACACGAAGGGCCGCAGUGACGCCUUUGGAGAGAAAAUGGGUUUGCCAUCCUUCAAGCAUCAGAUUCUCCCGCGUUCUACAGGACUGUUCUUCUGUCUCCAGCAACUACGAGGAACUGUAGACUGGGUGUAUGAUUGCACCAUCGCCUAUGAAGGACCACCUAAGGGAAGCUACCCCGACAAAUACUUCACACUUCGCUCCACAUUCUUACAAGGAAGACCGCCAACCUCGGUCAAUAUGCAUUGGAGACGUUUCGCAGUUUCCGAAAUUCCUCUUGAUGACCAGAAAGUCUUUGAAGCCUGGCUGAUACAGCGUUGGGCUGAAAAAGAUGAACUCAUGGAUCAGUACUUCGAAACAGGUCGUUUCCCAUCUGAUUUGGCUGGUUCGAUCAAGGCCGACCAUGCAACAGAUGGACAGGCAGUUGCUGCGUCGGAUGGCUAUGUAGAGUCCUACGUUCGUCUGCACCAUUGGAUAGAGCUCGGUCUGAUCUUUGCGGCUCUGCUCAGCGUUGGUCUCAUUUGCAGGUUCAUCACCAGCUGGCUGUGA